AUGGAGCCAGACGCAACGGCAACUCUGAUAGACGAGCUGAUGGCGCGCAUCAGCGACUUAGAAGUCCAAGCGAAUACACUCAGCGAAUUUCACACUCUCACCGAGUGCAGCAAGCUGGGGACCUUGCUCCCUAAGCUCAUAGGGUCCAGAGCGAAUGCCGUCCGAAAGCAUUACGCUGGCUCGACCGAGCGUCACGUCCUGGUGAGCUUUGACCACGGGAGGGACGGGUUGGAUCCCUGGGCAUACGGCCUCUACGCCAGGUUCUUGCGCGGAGAGUUCCCCGAGGUGACGAACACUGUGGUCAGGAAUGUCAUCCUGGCGGUGGAGGAGGUGACGCCUUACGGUGCCGACAGGCCGCAUUGGUGCGACGUGCACAGCGGCGAGCUCAGCCCCCACACUUACGUCAGGAACGAGAUCGUUUCCAGGAUCAUGAUGUUCCUCUUCCCAGAGGUGGGAGCUUUCGAUGGCCUGCUGCGGAAGUUUGUGCUCAGCUUCGACGAGCCUACGGACGUGCGGGAGGUCUGCAACGUCACCGAGCGCAUCCUGGAGUUCCUGGGAGAGCACGUGGAAGAGAACGUGCUGGACAUCUACGCCGUCUCUCCUGAAGUGGCGCGCAUUGCAGACGUGCUCCUCGCGGGUGAUUUCGUGAGAGGGGAGGAGGAAGACCAGUUUUGGGACGAGAUUCCGGACACGGUGGGUCCGGACCAGAAGCGGCCGAGAGCGUUCAAGAACACCUUCUCUCAAGCUUUCGGCUGGAUCGACGACCUGACACCAUACUUCGUCCGACACUCCAGCGCCGAGAUAGCUCGCUCGAUUGGCGCAGAGUACCCCCACCACACCAUAUAUUAUUGCAGAGGUGACUCCGUCAUCGACUCGUGGAUGUACAACGGGAAGGAGCUCUGGGCGAGGUACAGAGCCAACCGGCUGGAGAAGCCGAAGCAGGGGGCCGAAGACUCCAUCCACUUGCUGCUGGAGGGCGGGGCAGAGGUCGUGUCGGAGGAGUCGGCCGUGUCCCUCUGCAAUAAUGCAGACGCACGCAUGAGGAUAAGGGGGUGGAAGCACGCGUCGUGCGUGGUGUGCUGGAACGGCUUCCAGGACAAGCCGUCCGCAUGCGUGAUGCAAUGCUGCUUCCAACUGAUGUGCGCGGCAUGCUCCCGAGAGGUGGUGGCGACCAUAGGCACGUGCCCUAUCUGUCGGGAGAACAUCCGUGCGGCUGAUGGCAUAAAGCAGGUGUUUGACGACGUCGAUCCGCAGACCCCCAUGAACGUGUCGUUCGCUCCCCAUGGCUACUUGGACAACAGGCCUUACGCUUGGUUCAAGCGCAUCUUGUCUCGGCUCCGUCCGAACGCGAAGGUCAUCGUUUACGUCGACCACUCCCUGUCCUUCCGCUGCCGCUUCGACAUGGAUCUGGAGUACUUCAUGGGCCGCGAGGGAGGAAUCUUUCAAGCCAAGCAGCUCAGCGGGAAUCGGUAUCAGAUGAGGCACGCCGUUGAGUAUUUCAACUCGGAGACCAGAGACCCCAACGUCCGAAAGGGGAUCAUCUUGACGCAGACGAGCAUGGGCCACGGCUGCAGUCUCCACAAGGCGACGGAUCUCCUCGUCCUGUCACCGGCCAGCAGCGCUACCUACGCGCACCUUAUAUCUAGGGUGGUCAACGCGAAGAGCCCGCGCGUGGACGAGGACAUGCCUCUGCGAGUGCACGUAUUGCACACGCCGGGCAGAUUCAUGCCGGACCUCCAGCUAGCGCGACCGGAAGGCUCGGGCUCGGGUAUGGAAUGGAGGAAGAUGUGCUACAAGAGGGCCAUGGAGGAGCAAAAGAGAGCUGUAGACUUAAUGUACCGCGAUCACGAUGACAUGUAG